AUGAAUUUGCAAGCAGAGAAUAUUCCUAACGCUACCCCAAUUCGCCCACUUAAAUCAAAGGGUCUGAUCAAACCUCUCCAAAAUCAGACACAGAACAAACAGGUGGUUCAAAACGCGACGGAGAAAAUAGCGCAAACGGAGACGAAGAAAAAAGACGUUGAACCUGUCGAGCGAGCGACUUCGGCAAAGUUUCUGGAGGAUGAGUGGGAGCGAAUGCAUGCUGAUCCCCUCAUCGACUUCUCAAACAUCCGCCCUCCUUCUGCGGAAAUGUGCUGGCCUUUAUCCCGCGUCCGGGUGAAGAGAGCGAUGGACGAUUUCGGUGGAUUUCCGGACACGAAAUCGUCUCAGCAAAUGUCUCCGCAACGAAAUGCGGAGGACUCUUUCGACAUUGACGAUCUCUAA